AAGCAAGGUUCAAUCAGCUGCCACUCGCUGUUCAAGGCAGACUCCAAUUCCCCGUGCAACGGUGCUAUUUAAAACCUUCAUGUCCCGCUCUGAUUUUCUUCCUCCUCACACAAUAACCAUAUAGCUUCCAUCUUAAUCACAACCACAACGAACCAACGAUAUUUCACAUCCUCCAGUAAAAAUCUAUUCGUCGUUGACACAACUCAUCACCUCGAUAAACUCGAUCAAAUAAAAAUCAGUCAACAUGCCUUUCACCGCUAGCGACAUCUGCAAGAUCAUCCUUGCCGUCAUCCUGCCGCCUCUGGGUGUGUUUAUGGAGCGCGGCUGCGGUGCCGACCUUCUCAUCAACAUCCUCUUGACCAUCCUCGGUUACAUUCCCGGAAUCAUCCACGCUCUUUACAUUAUCCUCAAGUACUAGACUGCCGAAGACCACUACCGUCUGCUUUCCGAACCGCCCAGAAAAGUGGUGAAGAGUAUCCGGCGUGUCACGAUGCACCCGAUAUGAAGCCCCUGUGUGCUCUGUGAAGGCGCCUGAGUGCAAGGAGCAACGGGAUUUCUUUUUUAUGUCUUUUUGUCGUUAUGCAUUAUACGCGGGUUUCCUAAUUGCGAGCUUUGUAAUUCGACUGCGGCUUUGGUUUUUGGCUUGGUUGCGCGCGGAUAUGCGGGAGCAAUUGGUCAGGGUCGCUAUCUAACGACGCAAGACUUUGUGACUUUUUCUUGCCUUAGAACUUAAUUCACGAUUUGAUACCCUUCAAACAUCGACUCUUCUCCCGCCCUUUGUGGUUUCCGCAGCAAUGGUGCCUUGUUAUCAAAUCUCGGCAUUCCCGGCGG